UUUUUGACACUCAAAAAAGAAAAAUAAAGGCAAGGCAAAAUCAUUUGGGCACCUUUUUUCAGUUUAAAAAAUGUUAGAGCUAAAAGUAGAGAAAGGCAAAAGACGGAAAUGACGACGAGGAGCAAUUUCUACAAGAACCCUUCCUAUGCAUACAACAAAGCCUUCAAUCUCAAUUCUGCAAUUCAAAAUCUUCAAGCGUAUGAUGUUGUCACCGGUAACGUUCCGCCUCCGGUUGAGACGAAUUCCGUUGAGAGAAAAACCGGCCACAGGAAACGCCGAAGGGAACGGAAAUCUAAGGUGCAGCAGAACAAUGAAGUGGAAGUGAAUGAUUUGCCUAUGUCUCACCAGGAUUAUAUAGAAAAAAUGAGGAAGGAGGCUAGUUCAAUUCAGCCUUAUGAAGAAUUGACUGUAGAAGUUUUGGAACCUUCAAGUUCAUCAUUGCAUUUGUUGGAGUACGACAGUGAUGCAAGCACUUCAUCAGAAUGUGAAAAGGGUGAUAAUCCUUAUUCGAACACUGAAACUUUACUGGUUAAAGGUAGUGGAAAUGAAACGGAUAGAGUUAAAACUCGCAGUGAGCAACGAUUUCCUCUUCCAGGAGAACCUUCUUGUGUGGUAUGUGGGAAGUACGGGGAGUAUAUAUGUGAUGAGACUGAAGAAGACAUAUGCAGUACGGAUUGCAAAUCUGACCACCUGCAAAAUCUUAAACUACAGCAGGGGGCCUUAAGUAGCAGCAAAGUCCAAGCUGAGACAUUUUCUGGACAAAAGUGCAAAUUGGAAGUUCCUGAAUCUGGAGGCGACAUCUGGGAUUAUGACCGUCAUCGGUGGUCCAAGAAGAGAUCUGCUCUUUGUACUUAUGAGUGUUGGAAAUGUCAGAGGCCAGGUCAUCUUCCUGAAGAUUGUUUGGUCAUGGCAUCAAAAAUUCUACCCCUUUCCUCUGGUCAAGCUGGUGAAUCCAGCGAACAGGUGGAAGUGGCUCAAAGUAAAUCCAGUAUAUCCAAAGAGCUUCUGCAACUGUAUAAAAGAUGCCAUCGAAUUGGCAAAAGCUCAUUGGAUGCCAACUGUAACACCUGCCGAAGAUCAACUACUUUAGCCAUGUGUCUUGAUUGUAGUAAUACUUUUUGUGACAGUGCAGGUCACCUGAGAGAACACAUCACUGGACACCCCUCUCACAGACAAUAUUACUCCUAUAAGCUCAAGCGUUUGGUAAAAUGCUGCAAAUCUACGUGCAAAGUGACAGACAUCAAGGAUCUUUUAGCUUGUCACUAUUGUUUUGAUAAGGCUUUCGACAAGUUCUACGAUAUGUAUUCUGCAACUUGGAAAGCGGCUGGACUUUCAAUUAUCUGCAAUUCUAUUUGCUGUGAGGAUCACUUUGAAUGGCAUAGGAUAAAUUGCUUGAGUGCGGGUGUAGAAGACAGUUCCUACAUCGUAAAGAAACAUUAUGCUAGUAAGAACUAUGCUGUAAGCGACUUCAUCUUCUGAAGAGUUGAUACUUGAUGCGCUAUGAUGUUUCCUUCUGGGAACGGCUGAGCAAUAAGGUACAUGCAUCAGAAAUCAUGAGCAGUAUGAAAAUCUGUGUAAUUCAGUUCUUUGAAGAUUUGGUCUGAAGCUGUUAUACUACUUGUCAUCAUCGUCUGUGGUUGAUGCUUGCUGAGCUGCUGUCCAAUAAAUGAUAACUUUGUAACAACAUACUAAAUUCAGACGCAAGAAGCAUUUUCGAAGCCCAGCUGAAAAGAAUAAAAUUUGCCAAAUGUCCUUGCAAGGCAAUGGUUUCUGAAGUUUGUCGUGUGUGGAGGUGCCAAUGGCCAUUUGGUUUGUAUAUUCUUGGAAAUUUUGAGGUGGAAGUGGAUAUGAGAUCCUUAUGAUGCCAUCACGUUCAGUUUCAUGCUUCUUAUGUUGUAAAUUCACCAUAACUAGGGGCGGAGCUACAGCCUACAAGUUAAGCAGAAUCCACUAAAUUGCCUUUUUUAGAAUUCAGAGUUCAUAAACUCAAAAUCCUAGCUUCACCUCCGCUCUCCAUCUGGUUAAAUUGGACAAGUGUCGAGUCAUGCAAGUUCAAUGGCUUAGAGAAUAUGCUUGAUGAAUUGUGGUCUUAAUAGCUGACAGAUUUGAGGUAACAGAAUCUACUGCAACAUUAUCUCUGAAUGAUGCUUCUUGACAUCUUUAUCAAUACAAAAAGAUGUUACUGAUAUUGCAAAAUUAAGGAAAUCAAACACAUUAAAGUUACCUUUCUGGGAGGUCCAUUUGAUACUUCCUCCCCUCCGUUUCAAUAUGUUUGUCCUGUUUUUCUUUUUAAUGUGUUUCUCAAGGAAUGUUUCUCUUCUUUUUUUGUAGCUUUGUAAUUUCAACUUUUCACAUGACAUGUUUCAAAUCAUGGGAUUAAAUGACAUAUUGUUGCAUUUGAUGUA